AUGCCCGGAGAAGUGAUUGACCAGCCGAAUCCCCCGCCGCUUGCGAGCCAGCUCCCGGACUCAAUAGAAGAGCUGGCUGUGAAGCCUGCAAAGGCAUCGCUGAACAACCUCGACCUAUGCUCGCUCAGAGACUUUCAACGGGCAGCAUGCUACAUUGCGAGCGCAAUGAUAUUCCUCAAGGACAAUGUCCUUUUGGAUCGUGAGCUACGGUUGGAAGAUGUGAAACCAAGACUCCUGGGGCAUUGGGGUACUUGCCCCGGGCUGAUUCUCAUCUGGUCACAUUUGAACCUGCUCAUCCGCGACAGUGCCCAGGACAUGCUCUUCGUCGUUGGACCCGGCCACGGAGCCCCUGCUGCCUUGGCCUGUCUCUGGCUCGAAGGCUCGCUCGAGCGCUUCUAUCCAGACAAGUACAGAACCGACAGGGAGGGGCUGCAUAACCUCAUUACGCGCUUCUCUGUUCCUGGAGGGUUCCCGAGUCACAUCAACCCGGAGACGCCAGGUUGCAUCCACGAGGGCGGAGAGCUGGGCUAUGCCUUAUCAGUGUCCUUUGGCGCAGUCAUGGAUAACCCAGAUCUCAUUGUUACAUGUGUUGUCGGCGAUGGCGAGGCCGAGACUGGCCCUACAGCAGCGGCAUGGCAUUCCAUCAAAUACUUGGACCCCGCAGAGUCUGGAGCAGUCAUCCCCAUCCUGCACGUCAACGGCUUCAAGAUCAGCGAGCGGACCAUCUUCGGCUGCAUGGACAACGAGGAGCUCGUCCUGCUCUUCUCGGGCUACGGCUACCAGGUGACCAUCGUCGAAACCCUGGAUGCCAUCGACGUCGAACUGCACUCGGCCUUGUUCUGGGCCUUGUCGGAGAUCAAGAGGAUCCAGGAAGCCGCGCGAACGGGCAACCCCAUCACCAAGCCCCGGUGGCCCAUGAUCAUCCUCCGGACGCCAAAGGGGUGGACAGGGCCUCGGACGGUGGACGACAAGCUCAUCGAGGGCUCCUUUCACGCCCAUCAGGUGCCGGUGACGCAGGCUAACAAGAACGAAGACCAUCUCCACAUCCUGGAGGACUGGCUCAAGAGCUACGACGUGCGCGGACUGCUGCCCGACGGCAAGCCCACGCGCGACGUCCUGGACAUUCUGCCGCGGGAAGACGAAAAGAGACUGGGCCGAUCCAAGCUCGCGUACGAUUGCCACCGCGGCCUCGACCUGCCGGACUGGACGCCUCAUUCGGCCGAACGGUUUGAAGAAGCCAGCAGCAUGCAGCAGGCGGGCAAGUUCCUUGACGUCGUGGCUAGGAAGAACAUGAAGACGUUCCGCAUCUUCUCCCCCGACGAGCUGGAGAGCAACAAGCUCAGCGCCGUCCUGGACCACUCGAGCCGAAACUUCCAAUGGGACCAGUACUCGCGCGCGCAGGGCGGCCGCGUCAUCGAGAUCCUGUCGGAGCACUGCUGCCAGGGCUUCCUCCAGGGAUACACCUUGACGGGGCGGACGGCCAUCUUCCCCAGCUACGAGUCGUUCCUGGGCAUCAUCCACACCAUGAUGAUCCAGUACGCAAAGUUCUCCAAGAUCAGCCGCAAGCUGCCCUGGCGAGGCGACCUGAGCUCCAUCAACUACAUCGAGACGAGCACCUGGGCGCGACAGGAGCACAACGGCUUUUCGCACCAGAACCCUUCCUUCAUCGGCGCCGUCUUGAACCUCAAGGCCGAGAUAGCGAGGGUCUACCUGCCCCCCGACGCAAACUGCUUCCUGAGCACCCUGCACCACUGCCUCCAGUCCAAGAACUACGUGAACCUGAUGAUUGGGUCCAAGCAGCCCACGCCCGUCUACCUCUCCGCCGAAGACGCCAAGGAGCACUGCAAGAAGGGUGUCUCCAUCUGGCGCUUCGCAAGCACCCACAACGGCGAGGACCCGGACGUGGUCCUCGUCGGCAUCGGAGUCGAGGUGACGUUUGAGGUCAUCAAGGCCGCCCAGCUCCUGUCCCGCCUCGCCCCGAACCUGCACGUCCGCGUCGUCAACGUGACCGACCUGCUCGUCCUCCCCCGCGAAUCGCACCACCCGCACGCCCUCGACGGCAAGGCCUUUGAGGACGUCUUCACCCCCGACAAGCCCGUGUGCUUCAACUACCACAGCUACGCGACGGAGCUGCAGGGGCUCCUGUUUGGCCGCCCGGCGCUGCACCGCAUGAGCGUGGAGGGCUACAAGGAGGAGGGAAGCACGACGACGCCGUUUGACAUGAUGCUCGUCAACGCCGUCAGUCGCUUCCACGUCGCUUCGCGGGCGUUGAAGGCCGCGGCUGCGCAAAACGAGGAGAUUAAGGAGCAUCUGGACUCUUUGCUGGCAAAGGUUGACGACGAGAUGACGAGUGUGAAGAGUUACAUUGAGGAGCAUGGCAAAGCAGACCCGGAUGAUAUUUACGAGCUGGAUUUCUUGAAGAAGGAUUAG